AUGUAUAUACAUGAGAUAAAGAAUCCAGCAUUAAAUAGUGAAAAGGACAAAGCACUCACAAAGGUGGCACAGGAAGUGGGUGUUCUGCCAGAUAUACAAUUUAUGGAAAACAUGUGUAUCCAAUUGCGCCAUGUUUUGUUUAACAAGUUUGAGCGACUGGUGCAGCUGUGCAAGACGCGGAGGUGGCCCCCAGAGUACGCGCUGGUUUUAGUGCCAGCUUGGCUGCGCAGCGUCGAACCGAAACUGCGUCUGUUGCCACGAGUCAUUAAAGCUACUUCGUGCAUAGAGCCCACGAAUACAGGCGAGUGGGAGCUGACCGCGCUGCUGCUGCGGAACGCUGUAGCGGUGACCGGCGCCGGCGGGCCCAUGUUCGACAAGGCGGUGGUGGGCGACCUGAGCGAGCGUCUGAACAUGGACGCCGUGGUGCUGCUGCACCUCUGGAGCCGCACCUGCCUGAACACCAGACGCAGCCUGCUGGCGAAGACCGAGGCGGGCCCGAAGCUGGUCAUCGAUUGGGCGGUCGCCGACUUCCUACUCCUGCACGACGAGAGCUUCAAGCUCGUGGACAAGGGUACUCUAUCAAAGUCCAAGCAAUUGCCGAUGCUUGAGGAACUGUACAAAGUGGUAAAGGCGAAGGGCGUAGAAAAGGCUAUACGGGAGAGGAAUCAUUCGGAUCUAAUGGAGGCCUGGAUGAACGCCUUUGUCUCUUACCCAUACAGCCAGGGGAACACGUCCCUGAUGUAUAUACAACGCCUUUGGUACGAGCUGAAGCUGUUGGCGCGCACCCAAGUGCGGCCCCACUGGAGCGGGAACCGGUACAUCCCCGGCAUAUGCUCCCUCCUCACGGCCAUCGUGGCCAGCUUCGAAUACAUAGUCCUGGAGCCGUUUCCGCUGUGGUCUGAACUCGUGGCGUCCGGCCUGGUGGUGCAGUUCAAGACAGAUGACGUGGAAACUAGUUACGUGGCGAAAGGCGUCCGCGAAGAUGGACCGUUGAAACCAGUCGAUGCAACAAAGGAGGUUACGUGUGGCGAUGAUAAUUACGCAUUGAGCGUGGACAUACUGAACAGUAUUGAUCCGACUAGAAUCAAAUACUCUCUGGUGUUCGAUAGCGACUCCGAAGAAACGAUCCCGGAAAACUCGCCGGAACACCCAACCGGCGACGAUGGCUCAGUCAUAAACGAGAGUAAAGAACCAAAAGAUGAAUCCUCGGCCGAUAAAUCAAGCAAUAUCGCACACGAAGCAGCCAAAAUGAGAGACAACAGCCACGAACUUGAGAAAGAUCAAGUUGGAGGGAGCAAUAAAGAUCUGAAACUGGAUGUGACCAAUGGAGUUGCACUCGCUAAAGAUGCCAAGUUGCUGAUGGUGGCGACGGUGCCGCUGGUGAGGUGCGACCACGGCCCGUCGAUGCACGAACGCGCCCGCUCGCGGCGCAAGAAGAGCGAGGGCCAAGCCAAAGGCAAGCGGCCGCAGCGGGCCCUGCGGAGCGGGCGCGACCGGCUGCUGGGGCGCUGCCGGCCGCUGGCGGUGCGGCUGGUCCGGUUGCCGCCGGACGCCGGCCGGCCCGUCCGGACAGCCAAGCGGGUCGAGCUGCCGGACAUCGAGCAGGUGCGCAGGGUCAACAGCACCAUGCUCACCGCCGAGGUGGCGCCCGUCGCCGGCAAGCCGGUGAACAAGAAACUCCGGCGUGAACAGACUACCCUGUUGGACGAGGGGCCACAGUGUCAGGUCAGGUCUGGACGCGGCGCCAAGUCUUCCGCGGGCCACAAGUACCCCACUCUUGACGAGGAGCUGGGGAUGCUCUGGAGCUUCAUCCAGGAAGGUGACAAGUCUGCGAGCGAGGGAGAUCCCGCGUCCAGCUCUGCCAUGCAUGAGGAACCGAAGAACGGGGUCGUCUGCGGGAUAGAAACGCCGCGAAUGAAGCCAGACGCUCCGACAGCUGGUGGCGAAGACCUUCAGGGCCACGCUGCCCCGGCAACUGGCGACAACGAAACCGGCAUCCAGAUCUCCGACGUGCGUCACGUGGGGACGGGUCCGCCGAAGCCUACCCUCAACAAUAACGUACCCGACAGCGAUGAAGGUGGCAGAAGUUUGCUCGCGCGCAGAGCCAAGCCGAGGAAGCCCAGGGUGGCGAGGGCCCCGCCGAAGCGACGCGGGCAGCGCGGGGGGGCGGAGGCUCCUCCGGGGGGCGAAGGCGCCGCGCGACGCCGCAAGCGGCGGCCCGAGCAGGAGCCGGGCGCCGACGGGAGGCUCUUCGCCAGCGCGUACGAGGAGUGGCUGUUCAUGAGGAACCCCGCGCUCAAGUACUUCCAGCUGCCCAACGUGCGGCCCGCGGACGUUCGCCGGCCCCAGGAGCCCCGGGAGCCCCGCAGGGCCACCACCGCCAGGAUCCUCAGCUCGGCCCAGAUCGUGAAGGUGUUCGUGCACCCCACGCUGCCCCCGGCGGGCCGCUCGGCCGCGACCCCCAACCCUCGUGGCCAGGCGCCGCCCGCCCUCGUGGCCCUGGCCUCGCUCGACGCCCACCCGGGGACUCCCCGGCUGCGCGUCGCCACGCUCCACGCGACGGACGGUGAGCGGCUACACCCUUGCCGGGACACCAACUGUGGUGGGGCGCUGCUGCACGAGUGGGCAGCUGUACUACCACAUCACGAAAGUGUUAUAGUUUCGCGUUUCCUC